AUGCCCCUCACAUUUACCUUUGCCAGGUCCUCCCCCUUCCUACCCAUCUUCUUGUUCGUUUCCUUUACCGGCAAUGCCGCUGCGCCACCAGCAACUGGGAAAGCCUCUGCACCUUGUGUCUACGCCGGCGACCCCGCCCAGCCUCUGCAACUGCGUCCUGCCUGGCUUGGUCGCUUGGAUCUGGAGAGCCCGUGGGAAUUGCUUCUGGCUGAGAAGGGACUCCACCCUAGCCUGACCAGCGAAGGCCGCUGCCUCUGCGAAGACUCAGCCCUCAAAAUAUCCAUCCCACCGCCGUCGGGCACCAGAUCUGCUGCGCACAUGGCCGCUACCGCUGCAACAUCUUGCACUAGCCGAUCUUUUGAAUCCACGUGCCAUAGCGUUGGCAGGAUGAAUCCAGUCCACAUUGCAGAGCUCCUGCCACCACAGCCAUCCGCACCGAGCGCCUACGUCCAUGCGCGGACCACCUGCAGAGCAGAGUUGAGCGUGUGGGAGUCGAAGGAGAUCGAGAUGGCAACUGCAUAUGCUCCUCCGAUGGCGAGCCAGGUGAUGAAGAGCGGCUUGGUGAGCUCCAAGCCGCGGGGGCUGUCCGGCGCCUCACUCACCAGGAGGCCCCGCUUCGUCGUCAAGGCCGUCAAGUCUGACAAGGGGACGUACCAGGUGGUCCAGCCCAUCAACGGCGACCCGUUCAUCGGCAGCCUGGAGACGCCCGUCACCUCCAGCCCCCUCGUCGCGUGGUACCUCUCCAACCUCCCCGCGUACCGCACCGCCGUCAGCCCGCUCCUCCGCGGCAUCGAGGUCGGCCUCGCCCACGGCUAUCUCCUCGUCGGCCCCUUCGCGCUCACCGGCCCGCUCCGCAACACGCCAAUUCACGGCCAGGCGGGAACCCUCGGCGCCAUCGGCCUCGUCUCCAUCCUCAGCGUCUGCCUCACCAUGUACGGCGUCGCCUCCUUCAACGAGGGCGCGCCCUCCACCGCGCCCGCGCUCACGCUCACCGGCCGCAAGAAGGAGGCCGACAAGCUGCAGACUGCGGAAGGCUGGUCGCAGUUCACCGGAGGCUUCUUCUUCGGCGGUGUCUCGGGCGCCAUCUGGGCCUACUUCCUCCUCUACGUGCUCGACCUCCCAUACUUCUUCAAGUAG